AUGGAUCUUGUUAAACAAGGGCAGUACUGGGGUAUCAUUGCCAUUCAAGAUAAUUUUACACAAGCAAUCAAAAAUAAAUUUAUAGAAUUUCAGACAGAUCCAGCUACUUUAAAUGCAUCAUCACUUCAUCUUUAUCUUGACAUGACCAAUCAACAAGUAUUAUUCACAAUGCAAACUGCUCUAAUCAAUAGUACAGAAGUAUUUUUAAAAGAAAUUUUAUCCAGUCUAGGAAUUGAUCCAUCAAUAGCUGAUCCACCAAUUAUAAUAGAAAAACCUGUUUAUGGAAGUCUUGCUCCUAAAUUUGUAAAUUUUGCUGCACCAGGAAUGAUGAUAUCAAUAAUAUUUUUUUUGGCAAUUGGUUUAACAGGAUUACUAUUUGUUGUUGAGAAAAAAGAAGGUCUUUUAGAACGUACUUGGAUUACUGGUGUUACAACAAUUGAACUUAUGUUUGCACAUAUAAUUGUUAAAUUUUUCAUACAAAUUAUUCAAGUUAUAUUGUUACUUACUUUUACUGAUUAUAUAUUUAAAAUUGAAAUUAAAGGUUCAAUUUUCUUAGCAGCAGGAAUCAUUUUUCUUCAAGGAAUUUGUGGAAUGAGUUAUGGUUUUCUAAUAUCUUCCCUGUGUGAUGAAGAAAUGGAAGCAAUGCAAGUGGCACUCGGAAGCGUUUUUCCCGUGUUAAUUUGUUCAGGUAUAAUUUGGCCACUCGAAGGCAUGCCACCAGUAAUGCACUUUAUAAGUAAUUUUACUCCAUUAACGCAUACUGUUGAAGCAAUGCGAUGUAUUGCUGCCAGAAGUUGGUCAUUUACACAUUUUAAAGUAUGGUUUGGUUUUGUCAAUGCUAGUUCAUGGAGUCUCGGAUUUUUUAUCAUCGCUGCUAUUAUAUUUGCAUUUAGAAAAUAA